GACCACCCUCCCGGCGUCAAACGGUGUUUGCUGUCACGCUGCUCAUUCAUUGAUUGCGCUGCUCUGCUGCUGUCCUCCACAGUGCACACACACCUGUUCAACUUCUCUCAAAACAUCUGUUCAACUGUCUAACGAGAUGUGCUCGCUAGCGUUGGCCGGAUGGCUGUUGGUGGUGUCGGCGUUCCACCUGACGACGGCCGGUCCGCCGGUGUUCGGCACAAAGCGCUACGGCCGAGGCUGGGGCGCCGGCGUCACGCCUGCCGCAAUCACGCCCUACGUCCGCGUCAUGGCGCCCUAUUACGCCCAGGACUACGACCUCGACUACUACUACCAGGACCCGCCCUAUCCCUACAACUACUACCAGUACCCUUCGCUGCAGUCGCCCUACUACCGGCCCUAUCCCUACACGCCCUAUGCCAGCUAUGAGGACGCCCUAGCCGAACCUCUUGUCGACGACGAGCAUGCUGAUUAUGGACAGGAAACCUGGUACGACAACCAUGCCAUCGAGCAGGACAGCAACGCUAGAGCCAACGCGAUGUUCCUGCAGAACCUGAUCCUGGCCCAGAUGUACAAUGACCAGCAGAAGUAUCAGGCCAGACCGCUCUACCCCUACCUGUCUAGGGAAGAAGAAGACGAUGGUUCCUGGGUGUAUGGAGAACCAGUUCGUUCAGCAAUGAGUGCGAACGAGUUCAAGAAAGAGGAUGAAGACGUGAGAGAACUGAAGGACCUGGUCAACAAAAAGAAAAACAACAACAUAGAUGAUUUGUUCUGGGAACAGAGGUCGGGAGGAAGAAACUAUCAGAAGAAAAGAGGCGGCAAAAACAGCAUCCAGUCGAGCACUGAGGCCCAGAAGACCCUGAAGACCGUAGCUACCACUCAGACUCCGGAUGUGAUCAUUGGUCAGAAGGAGGUCGUCCUGCCUCGUCCAGCCAAUCCGGUGCGAGCUCCCAACUUCCAUCAGCUGGUCAGCCGGAGUCAGCACAAGCCUUCUGUCUAUGACACUAUCAAGCAACUUCUUCAUAUGCAGGAGCGACUCCAGGAUGACGAUGAGCCGCAUAGAGCUUCCCCGCUCCAAAAGAGAUCCUACAUUCCGAGUGAGGAGAGUUUGGUGGAGCAGCUUGGCGGACUGAAAAAGAAGAUGGCUGCCUAAGCAACUGGACAGGAACCAACACUACACUCCCAACCGAAGCAACGAUCGACUCUCAAGAGACACAUGUAAAUUAUUGAUAAGCACUGAUUUUACAAAUAAGUUCAAAAUAGUAUAAGUUCCUCUUCUAUAUUGAUAAUUGUCAAAAAUAGCUUGACAGCCUAAUUAUUUUCAUGUAAUUGGUGUUCUUGUACUAUUAUCAUUAAUUACAGUUCCAAAUUAUUGCAUAUAAUCCGUAUAUACAGUAUGUUCAACCAACUCAGAAGUAAUGUUGGAAUCUUUGUAAUAAUAUAUACGUGUUUUUAUCAUAAAAUCUUAUAAGAUAAUUAUUGUAAUAUCAACUAUUAUAAAACCACUACUAAAUGUAUUGUAAUCAGUAUCAAUUGAUGAUGGUUGUCCAGUUGAUUGUGAAAUUAAUAACUUGAAUUUGAAUGCUAAUCCUGUAGAGAACUGAAUAUUUCCACCUCUGAAUGUAAAACAAAUUGGAAAUACAGCAUCUUCAAAAAUCUUCAUUAUAUCAAGUGAUGGAGCUCAAAUGAGAUCAAAUUACAAAAUCAUGACAAAUUGAAGAGAUGAACUCUCUCAACGAGGAUUAGCCUAUUAAUUAUCUCUUGUCCAAAAUAUUUAAUAUUGUACGGUAAAUACUGCCUACUGUAUGGCAAGAAUAUGAGUGCCGUUCUAUUAAAUAAAGAUUAAAUAACAAGAAAGAUUAUUUUUUCAAUUAAUCAAAGAAAGAUAAAUAAUUGCUUUUGGAAUGCCAUUAUUGGUUCCAAAAUAUAUUCACUGUAAAUAUCACAUGCUGAAGUUUGGAAAAUAGUUUUACCAAAACGAUUUCCACUGUUUCUCUAAACACGACGGAAGUUGGAUAUUCGGCUGUUCUGACACAUAAUUAACCGUAAUUUUGCUCCAGGCAUGCUUUCGGCCGUAAUAGUUUAUUUUGAUGAAUAUAUAUGGAUAAUGACAUGACAUAUAAUUAUUAUAUCAUCCUAUCAUAAGAGAAGUCUCCGCCAUUACAUAAUUCAUAAAUUUUCAUGGAGACUUCUAAAAUACUGAAUGGUAAACAGUUAUUAUUUUUUUACAAAUCGAUCAGAAGCUUUUCACAUGAUACUGGAUCAAUUUCCACUACAUUUCAUAAUAGUCAUGCAUUUGUGUAUUUACUCCAUGAACAUAUAUUUCACCAUGUAAUUAUUCAUUUUGUAAUUCUCCAAUCUCCAAUAAGUGGAGUAGUUUCAAGUAACUUACUUGUCUUAUACAGUAGUUGAAAACUUCAUAUAUUUUAGUUCAAAAAACAUCCAGUUUGUAAAAAUCUAAUAUUUACACUUUUAAUUCCUAUCGUACUAUGAAUGAUUUAAGGGCCGAAAAUUCUAUACAAGAGAAGAGGUCGUAUUACAAUAUAAAACUACAGUGAGAAAUUCGAUAAAAAGAAUUGAACAUGCAUCUAUUCAUUUUCAACUUUCUACAAAUGAAAUCAUAAUAUUGAAGUAACCCUAAAUUCCUGUUAUGUUAAUGUUUAACUGGAUGGCUUGAUUUUAAAUACAGUACAUAAAAUGUCCAAAAUUUCAUAAAUUUAAGCUCAAUUUCAUGCUUCCACACAUUAGACUGACUGAUCGUUCAACUAAUAAAAUAGUAAAUAUUGUAGAUUAUCUUUUAGAAUCUCGCCUAUAGCACCAUUGAAUUUCUGAUGAAUCAUAACAGUAAUAAUUCUUACUCUAGGACCCAUGAUAGCAGCUAGAAUUACUGGACUCAUGAUUAUUGUCAAUUCAUUUGAAAAUGCAAUAAUAGUGUGCGACUAUUACAUCAUAAUCCUUUUCAGAAUGUACCUAUCUUGUAGAUUACGAAACUGGCAAGUAUUUUACCACGGAAACAGGCCUACUGUAAACUUUUAUUUAAAAAAAAAACGUUACAAAAUGAGCGCUUAAUGUAAAUAUGAAUUUGUUUCAAACCAAGGCUGUGAGAAUAUUUUUAUAAGAAUCAUUCAACUAUAGUAGUUAACGUUUUACUUCUCAUUUUAUGUGAAUAUAACAUUAAUAAUAAUUGAAAAUGUAGACGAUAAUAUUUAUUUAAUCAAAUUAUUUGCUAUUUAUCAUUUCUAUUUUAAUUACAAAUAGCAUAUAUUUUCUUAGUGCUUGAGAACUCUUGACAUAAUAAAUUCAAAGAUUAUUUGCGACCUAAAUAGAACCUUUGAUAAUAGUCACAUAUUGAGUUGUUUGUUAGAAAGUUUGGCUAAUUCAAAAACAUUAUUUUCCACCAUCAAUGAAGCUUAUUUGCUAUAAAAACGAGAAUGUGAACUUCAUCAAGUACCGUAAUUAUCGAGGCACCAUAAUGACUUUUAAAUGGCCAUAAUAAAGAUUUUACUCUGUCACAUCAACUCAACGCAAUGUACAGCUUAUUGGAUAUCAUGUUUUACCUGUUCAGGAUAUAAAGUCAUUGAUACUGUAUUGUAAAUAAUAUUUACAUAUUUGUUAUAGGAAUCUUUGUAUUAUUAUAUUCUAAUCCAUACUAGUCCCUUUAGAAUGAUUAGAAUAGUAAUAUUGGUGUUGUUAAUAUAUUAUUUCAAAUAAUGAAUCUACUACAAAUUAUCCUUAUAUCAGUCUUAUUGAAGUGAAAACAUUUAAAAAUCUUAGAAGAUGCAGAACUUCAACGUCUAGUCAUUUUUAUAGUCCAGCAAAGUUAUUAUAUUAUCUGGUUUUGUUGGUCCAAAAACUGAUCUCAAAAUUCAAACUAUUGAAAAUGAUGUACCGUAGUAUUUCCUGUUCAAGUACUGGGCUUUCUUGAUGGUUGUUGUAGCAUAAACAGAAGAGGUCAUUGAAGAGCACCUGGAUAUAAGUGAAACAAAUAUUACCUUACACAUUGGUGUGGGAGAAAAUAAAUGAGUGGUGAAUUUAAUUGGAUCUGGAUGAAAUGAAUGCUGAUAACUAUGAUACCGUAAUAAUAAACUAAUGGAUAAUUUUGUCUUUGAUCAUUAUAGUUAUAAUUAGUCAUAAAUGGAUGUUUCGAUUUUAAUGCAGCCAUGUCAAAGGUGGAGGAGGUUACCUGAAAUUUCUGUAUAAUGAAUAGAAUAAGUUCAAUAUACUUGAACACUACACUAAAAAGACUUUGAAAAUAUGUAGCCUAUUUUAGAAAUGUAGAAGCUCUACUUGAUAUCUAUCCUGUCGUCGCUUUUCUCAAAUAAAGGGAGCAAGCAUAUGAAAUUGAAUCUUCUGAAAAUAAAAAUUAAUGUCCAAUUAUACUUCAGAAAAUGAAUGUUCAAUAGUGAAUUAUCCAAAGUAUGUAUUUGUAAAUUCAACAUUUUUAUGUCAAGAUGUGGAACAAUAUUUAAAUUUGAAUAUCACAAAUAUGCAAUAGAACUCUAUCCUUUAAUGCUAAACUUCUGCUUGAUGUUGUAAAUCUGGCUCUCACCUGAUUGAUGGUUGAUGAAACCACUUAAUAGUUUAGACUGUGUGAAUUUUACUCUAUGUGUAGGCCUAUCAUAUAUUAACUAAAUCACUGAAUAACAUUACAACUUGAUAUGUAAUACACCAACAUAUAUUGUCUAUACAUCACAAUACCCAUCAUUCUACAGAAAAUAGUGAAUCUUUAUUGACUGUGCAAAUUUAAAUUUAAACUAUUGAAAAGAACUCUCCGCUUAGCUCUUUUUAUUUAUAAACUGAAAUUAAGUUCUUUGUGAAUAGGUACUUUAUAAGAUGUCGAUGUAAUAUGAAGGAUUUCCCCAUAAGUCAUGUGAUCUGUCAAUUAUAGGCGUAAGAUCGCAUUCAUCGAAAUUUUUCAACUGUACCUGUACCUGUUUGUAAGCUCUUGCAUGCAUAAUUCAACUGUAUAUUCUCUUGAUAUUUAUAUUCACUGCCAAUGUUGUGUACUUGUAUCACAUUUCAAAAGAUACUGAAAUUUAUGCUAGUGUACUGAGAAGUUCGGUACCGUACAUGAUAGUUUAAUAUGAUUAUUGGAAAUAAUGAAUGUCGUUGGAGCCUGUAGAAUUCCCAACAAUAACUUGGAUAUCCUUGAACGAUGGUCGAUAGUGGUACACAUUAUGUGACUAUUUUAAUUGUCAGUGUUCUGUUCUGUGUGUUAUGGUAAAACCAUAGAUUUUAUUAUAAAAGGAAAAAAUCGAACCAAUAAUAAAAAAAAACACAAUUUAGGAGAGAGAAACACUCUGAAAAAUGUACUCACUCAUUCAUUAGAAUUGAGAAUUCAUGAAUGAGUUUCAUCGUUGAAUAUUAUAAAUGUUCGCACUAAAGUCAAAUUAUUUACACACUUUAGAUGUAAUUAUUUCAAUAAGUGUCCAAGAAAAAGACUUUUAAAAAAAUUGUAUGAACGCAUCCCUAAUUUUUGUCGAAUUUAUUUCUGACAAUUCUAAUUCUUUCAUACACUUGCUAUAGAAUCAUAUUCAAACAAUCUCUUCUCAUACAUCACAGUAGCCUACCUACUCACAGUCCAUCACAGUACUGUAGCUUGAGUUACAGACAAGCAAUUUUUUUUAUCUCUGAUGUGGAAAUUUAAAAGUUACUUUCUCAAUCUAUAAUGAAACUUGAUCUUAUAAAACUUUAUAUUUCAUUCAUAUAAAUGUAAUAUUUAUGAAUGCGAUUGUAAUCUUCAUUCGAUAAAAUUGAACACAAUAGGUAAUGUUUGAAUAAUUCAAUCAACUAAAUUGUUUGACCAAUCAAGCUAGUAAAUGAUUUCGACUGACUAUUGAAAUCUAUUUGUGAAAACCAUCAAGAAUAAAGUUCUACCGUAAUAUUAUUUUCUAUUCUUAGCUUUGUCACACGACAUUCUCAAAAAUAUAACCAUUUUAAAAACGAAUAUAUAAAAUUUGAAUAUUGAAUACACAGUUCUCUAUAAGAAUAUUGAAACGAUAAAUAUUCUACCAAAUUCUGUCAUGAUAAUGAAACUGAUAAAAAAGCACGAGUUAUCAAUGUAAACCAACAAAAUGUUGAUCUCAAUUUGUAGUAUUUGUGACAAAGAAGAAUUUCUUUAUUCAAAAACUUUAACUAAUUUCACUUGACUGUUCUGUUCAUUCUACACUCUUUCAUCAUAUUCAUAAAAUACGAAUAAUUUAUUCAGUCUAGAGUUCAAUCAUCACUCCAUCUAUUAUUAGUUUGAUUCAUUCAUAUAGUAAUACUUCAUGAAUCAUUGUAAAAAUUGUAAAUAAAUUAAUCCAGUGUGAUCACUGAUAUUUCCAAGACUGCUAGGUUUUACACUUAUUCCAUACUCAUAAAUAAUGACUGGCAACUUUAGAAAAUUUGUAUUCGAAUCAAAAUGCUUAAGUGAAUUUAAAACAUCGAUUAUUUGCUGUAUUCACAUUCAUUUCAUAUCUUCAUAUCUCAUUUCUAUGUACAAUAUAAGCAGACUAUUUCAAACGCUACUCAAGUUUUAAAAUAAUUUUAUGUUGUAAUAAUUAUUUAUUCUACUUUUCUUGUAGAAAAUGCUUCAAUAGCGGUUUUACUAUAUUUCUAAACUAUUAUAGUAGUAGUGAGAAUAUAACCAUCGAACAUCUCCUUGUUGGUAAUUAAUGAACGGUCUAUUAUGGAGUAUUAUAAAACUGAAAUGGAUUCAAAAUAUAGUCUAUUAAUUUUCUUUAUUGGAAUGAAGUUCAAAAAACUUUGUGGAGUUAGAAUGGUAGAUCAGUAAGCCUAAUUAUUCAUACCUAUCUGAACAUAUCCUUCGCUUACAUAUUGAUGUACUUUUUAUAUGAUAUUGUUGUAAAUAAAUAUUAACAUAAGUAUAUUUUGAUAAGAAUUGAAUCUAGAUUUGUAAACGUAACAAUAUGCUGAAAACAAUUUCAAUGUUGAAGGCACAUCGGAAGGAAAGAGCUAGUCGUCUAAGAUGCAACUAAAUGAUUAACUAAUUUCAUCAACAUCUUUAAUUAUUGCAUCUCUGUAUUUUAUUCGACAUUAAUAAAUUUUCAGUGUUAUUAUUAGAAAAAUGUA